UGGGGAGGCGGGCGCAGUCGACCCGGGUGGAGAAGGAGGGCGGCGGAGGACGCGCGUUCCCGGGCUCGUGACCGCCUGCGGCCGGGGGAGCCGGCGCCCAGACAGCUUCGGAGAUGGCAGGCGGCGGGGACCGGCGUGCCACGGACACCGUCCACCUGCUGCUGCUGCUGGCUGCCCUGCCCCUGGCGGCCCGGGGGGUCAGACGCCGAGGCUCGGUGGACUGGAUCCAGGAGAAGUAUUAUCAUGAACCAGCCAUUUUGAAUUCAUCGUCUCUUCGACAAGUUGCAGAAGGCACUAAUAUUUCUGAAAUGUGGGAAAACGACUUACGACCAUUGCUUAUAGAGCGAUACCCGGGAUCUCCUGGAAGCUAUGCUGCUCGCCAGCACAUAAUGCAGAGAAUUCAGAGACUUCAAGCCGACUGGGUCUUGGAAAUAGACACCUUCUUGAGUCAGACACCCUAUGGAUACCGGUCUUUCUCAAACAUCAUCAGCACCCUCAAUCCCACUGCUAAACGACACUUGGUCCUCGCCUGUCACUACGACUCCAAGUAUUUUCACCCUUGGGACAACAGGGUGUUUGUGGGAGCCACUGAUUCAGCCGUGCCAUGUGCAAUGUUGUUGGAACUUGCCCGUGCCUUAGACAAGCAACUCCUUUCCUUGGAGAAAAUUCCAGACUCCAAGCCAGAUCUCUCACUCCAGCUAAUUUUCUUUGAUGGGGAAGAGGCUCUUCUUCAUUGGUCUCUUCGUGAUUCUCUGUAUGGAUCUCGGCACUUAGCUCCCAAGAUGGCAUCAACCCCACACCCACCUGGAGCGAAAGACACCAACCAACUGCACGGCAUGGAUUUAUUGGUCUUGUUGGAUUUAAUUGGAGCGCCCAACCCAACAUUUCCCAAUUUUUUCCCAAAAUCUGCCAGAUGGUUUAAUAGACUUGAAGCGAUUGAACAAGAACUCCACAAAUUAGGUUUACUCAAGGAUCACUCUUUGGAGAGGUGCUAUUUCCAGAAUCAUAGUUAUGGAGGGGUGAUUCAGGAUGACCAUAUUCCAUUUUUAAGAAGAGGUGUUCCAGUUUUGCAUCUGAUCCCAUCUCCUUUCCCUGAAGUCUGGCACACUAUGGAUGACAAUGAAGAAAAUUUGGACGAAACAACCAUUGACAAUCUAAACAAAAUCCUACAAGCCUUUGUGUUAGAGUAUCUUCAUUUGUAAUAUUCUGUCUUAGUUUGUGGUAAUUGUAUCUAGUUACACAUUCAGAAGUCAAGGCACAACGUAAACUCACUCCAGACAGAUGCCAUGUGAAACCUCUAUCCUAUAGAUUCAUUCCUGUGUCUUUGAAUAUAUGAUCAAUAAAUCCUAGAUUUACAUCAUGUCCUAAAUUGCUCAUUAAUUUUCAUCAAGAGAUAAAGAAAGAAAAUAUUUUAAAAACCCAGAAAAUAAAUAUCUUUAAAAAGCUCUUUUAGAUAAGAAACUAUGGAACUAAAUGAGUUUUACAUAUACAGUAUCAUGGUUUUCUAAAUAGUACUUAAGGAUAAUGGUGAUGUGCAAUGUAUAACUUGAUUUUCUUUUAUACUUGAGAAUCCCUUGCUUAUAAUACAAAACAGAGAUGUAGUUUGAACUUACUUUGAGAAGUUAUUUUUCAAACUUCUUUUGAGAAAUCUUUGUAGGGUUUAUUUUAUAAAAAUUAAUUAAAGUGUCUUCUUCAGAAUCAAA